AUGUCAUUGAAAUUACCAUCUGCACCCAAUGCCGGGUUGUUCAAGCAAGGGUACCAAUCCCAUUCCAAUGCAGACGGGGCUGUGAUCCGUAAUAUUGAAGCCGUUAGAGAAAUUUCCAAAAUUUUAUUAACAUCAAUGGGGCCAAGUGGUCGUAAUAAGAUCAUUGUAAAUCAUUUAGGAAGGAUUUUCAUUACCAAUGAUGCCGCCACUAUGUUGAAUGAAUUGGAAAUUGUCCAUCCAGCAGUUAAAAUUUUGAUUAUGGCAUCUCAACAACAAGAAUUCGAAAUGGGUGAUAAUACAAAUAUGGUUAUUAUAUUAGCGGGAGAAUUCUUGAAUAUUAGUGAAAAAUUGAUUAAUUUAGGUUUAAGUAUUCCAGAAAUCAUUCAAGGUUUUAAAUUAGCCAAUACUUUCCUUCAGAAGAAUUUAAAUGAUUUGGUUAUUGAACAAGUUAAAUCAAUCACUGAUUCAGAUGAAUUAUUAAAAGUUAUUAAACCAGUCAUUGCUGCUAAGCAAUACGGUUUAGAAGAUUUGAUUUCAAAAUUAGUAAUUGAAGCUUUCAAAAUCAUUAUAAAUCCAAAAAAUCCAAAUAAUUUUAACGUUGACUCAGUUAGAGUGGUUAAAAUUAUGGGUGCUUCUUUAUCACAAUCAGAAGUUAUCAAAGGUAUGGUUUUCCCAAGAGAACCUGAAGGACAUAUUAAAAAUAUCAAUGGGAAAUCAAAAGUCGUUGCUUUCACUUGUCCAAUUGAUAUUUCAACAACUGAAACUAAAGGUACAGUUUUAUUACAUAAUGCUAAAGAAAUGUUAGAAUUUUCAAAAGGUGAAGAACAACAAUUAGAUAUUAUGUGUAAAGAAAUUAGUGAUUCCGGUGUUAAAGUUGUUAUUGCUGGUUCUACAAUUGGUGAAUUAGCUUUACAUUAUUUUAAUAAAUAUAAUAUCUUGGUUUUAAAAGUUCCUUCUAAAUUCGAUUUAAGAAGAAUUUGUCAAGUUUGUGGUUCUACUCCUUUACCAAGAUUAGGUGCUCCAAUGCCUGAUGAAAUGGGUGAAAUUGAUAUCAUUGAAACUAAAGAAAUUGGUGGUGAUCGUGUUACUAUCUUUAAACAACUGAAUGAUUCCAUAUCAAGAACUUCUACUAUCAUUAUUAGAGGUGCUACUCAAAAUGCCUUGGACGAUGUCGAAAGAGCUAUUGACGAUGGUGUUAAUGCUAUUAAAGGUUUAUUAAAAGAUAAUCGUUUAUUACCUGGUGCAGGUGCAGUUGAAAUCGAAUUAGUUAAAUUAAUUACUAAAUAUGGUGAACAAACUCCUGGUUUAUUACAAUUAGCAAUUAAAAAUUAUGCUAAAGCUUUCGAAGUUAUUCCAAGAACUUUGGCUGAAACUUCUGGUUUGGAUUCUUCAGAAUUAUUAAGUAAAUUAUAUGCUGCUCAUUCAGCUGAAGAUAAUUCGGGUCUUAAUGUUGGUAUUGAUAUCGAUAACGAUACUGAAAAUGGCUUAUUGAAUAUUGAACAAAAUGGUAUAUAUGAUUUAUUAUCCGCUAAACAAUCUGCCAUUGAUUUUGCUACCGAAGCUACUAACACCAUCUUAUCAAUUGAUCAAAUCAUUAUGGCUAAAAGAGCUGGUGGUCCUCAAAUGCCAAAACAACCAAGACCUGGUAAUUGGGAUCAAGCUGAUUAA